UGGUGAACGUCUUCCAAAUCACUAAGUGUUUGCAAGGGGAUCGUGUGGUACUGAGGAUUGAACCGAGGACAAUUGCAUGACAGGACAAUGCCGCCCAAGCGUAUAGCUAAGAAAAGGUCACCCCCAGAAGAUGCCCUCCCAAAGAGCAAGAAGGUGAAGGACCAUCGUAACCAGGCAGUGAGGGCUGUUGCCUCCCACCGAGUUCCGGGCGCCCGCUCCUGCCAAGUCUCACAUAGAUCCCACAGAACAGAACCGGGCAUGGUGCUAACUCUGGGCCAGGGCGACGUGGGCCAGCUGGGACUCGGCGAGGGUGUGAUGGAGAGGAAGAAGCCAGCUCUGGUGCCGAUUCCAGAGGAUGUUGUGCAGGCAGAGGCCGGGGGCAUGCACACUGUGUGUCUGAGCAGAAGUGGCCAGGUCUACUCCUUCGGCUGCAAUGAUGAGGGUGCGCUGGGAAGGGACACAUCCGUGGAAGGCUCAGAGUCGGUGCCAGGGAAAGUGGAGCUGCAAGAGAAAGUGAUACAGGUGUCAGCUGGAGACAGUCACACAGCGGCGCUCACCGAGGAUGGCCGAGUCUUCCUUUGGGGCUCCUUCCGGGACAACAACGGUGUGAUCGGACUCCUGGAGCCCAUGAAGAAGAGCCUGGUGCCUGUGCAGGUGCAGCUGAGCACGCCCGUGGUGAAGGUGGCCUCAGGCAAUGACCACCUAGUGAUGCUGACGGCUGAUGGGGAGCUCUACACGUUGGGCUGCGGAGAGCAGGGCCAGCUCGGUCGUGUGCCGGAGUUGUUUGCCAAUCGUGGUGGCCGGCAGGGCCUUGAACGACUUCUGGUCCCCAAGUGUGUGAUACUGAAAUCCAAGGGGAGCCGGGCUCACGUGAGGUUCCAGGAUGCCUUCUGUGGUGCUUACUUCACCUUCGCCAUCUCCCGUGAGGGCCACGUCUAUGGCUUCGGCCUCUCCAACUACCAUCAGCUUGGAACCUCGGGCACAGAAUCUUGCUUUAUACCCCAGAACCUGACGUCCUUCAAGAACUCCACCAAGUCCUGGGUGGGCUUCUCUGGUGGCCAACACCACACUGUCUGCAUGGAUUCGGAAGGGAAAGCGUACAGCCUGGGCCGGGCUGAGUACGGGCGGCUGGGCCUCGGGGAGGGUGCGGAGGAGAAGAGCGUGCCCACCCUCAUCUCCAGGCUGCCUGCUGUCACCUCAGUGGCCUGUGGGGCCUCUGUGGGCUAUGCUGUGACCCAGGACGGUCGUGUUUUUGCAUGGGGGAUGGGCACCAACUACCAGCUGGGCACAGGCCUGGAGGAGGACGCCUGGAGCCCCGUGGAGAUGACAGGCAAACAGCUUGAGAACCGCACGGUCCUGUCUGUGUCCAGCGGAGGCCAGCACACAGUCCUCCUGGUCAAGGACAAGGGACAGAGUUGAUGAAGCCUCUGAGGGCCUGGCUGCUGGGCCCCCCCACGCCCUUCCCCCCAGAACAGGGAAGCCACGAGGACUGCAGGGUGCAACAGGCCUCCCCCGACCCCAAGCGUUCUGUCACCUCCUGCCUUUUCCCCGUGAACAGAAUCCAUUUCCUCUUUCUCCUUCUCCUUUCCAGAAUCAUCCUGGGACCCGCAGGAUGAAGGCGGUGUGGGGAUGAGGGGGGCAGGGAGUUGUCUGAAGGAACAUGACUCGCCCCAGAGCGAUGUGGUCAGCCCGCCUCCCCCUAUUCCUACCUUCUCUGGUCCUGGCUGAACUUGUUUUUGCCUACCAAAAGUAAAAAACUUCUACCUGGGGGUUCAGGGUCCAUAUGCUGAGAAGUCAGGGCUCCCCUCAAGCUCUGCUCAUGUGCCACAACCUUCUGUCCUUCGCAGUCACACAGAAACAAUACCAUCGUCAGAUCUGGCUUUUGUGAACCCAGAUUUGGGAUGAACUAGAGAACGGAUGGAGGCAACCUCCAGCCAAACGGUCUUACACAGGUGUCUGGGAAAAAGGGGCGUGGGAAGGCCAAGUGACAGGAAAAAGCCAGUCAGCCUCUCGGAAGCACAAAGUACUCUGCCUUUGGGCAUUGCCGGUUGUACCCCACUCGUUUCACCAACAAGGGCCCCACCCCAAAUCUGAAAGGAAACUCUGCCUGCAGGGCAGGACACUCUGGGAGAGGAGGAGGACAGAGAGCUCUAGACAAAUUUAUAGCAAUAUUGAGAGUGAAGGGACAAAAAAAAAAUGGAGAGGAGGCUGGACCCCAGAAAGGGAAGCAGAAUCUAGUACAGUAGCUAAGGAAAAGUCGUGAUUUUUGUUUUAUUUUUAAUGUAAAAUAUUUUGGAGGGAAGAGUGAAACCUUUUAACGUUUUUAAUAAAUGUAGAGUUUUAAAGACAGCAGCUGCUGUAGUGGGAGAGGCAGACUAAAUCAUGUGGCCCUGAAAGUGAGGACAAGGCGAGUCAUUCCAGUGGGUGCUAGUCCACUGUUGGCGUGGCUGGCCCAGACCAGUCAGAAAAGAAAGGAGUUGAUUGGUUUUUAUUCAGGUACUUACAUUUCAGGAAUCACCAGAUUUUUCCUUUAUGCUGCAUAAUACAAAAAAUAAUGGAAUUGAUUUGCUUUGCAGUGCUCAGUAUCAAACCCAAGACCUCCACAUGUGCAAGGCGUGUGCUCUACCACUGAGAGGCCUCCCUUGCCCUCAGUCUUGGAGCAUCCAACCCCAAGCCAGGUGUUCUGAGAAGUCUUACCUCCGGAAAUGCUUAUACUAAGUUUGUAUCAUGUUCAAUACCUGAUCUACUUGAGUAAACAGGAUUGAUUACAUAAUCACUCCUCAGACCAACUUGUACUUGAAAAUGGCUUUUCUUAGUUUAGGAACCAAAUCUUACAGAACUGACCUGUCCAUGGUAGUCAUUUAAAAUUUGUAAAAAUUGGAGGCUAAUUUUAUUUUAAGUCCCUGCUAGUCACAUGUUGGGCUGUGCAAAGACAGAAAUAGACUAUUUCAAAUUAUAAAAAAUGUCAAUAUUUAAUGCUGAUAUGGGAAGUUUAUAUGUGUAAUGGAAGUUUUAUUAGCACCAACGUUCUUAGAUGUCAGGAUUCUUGGAGAAAUGAAUAUGGUAUAAGCUAAUGAUGUAUUCUGUGACUUAUUUCCCCCUGGAACUUUUGCUUCUG